AUGAAAUCAUCGAAUCUGUUGUUAUUACUCAUCUCCACACUGAGCCUUUUCUGGUCUCAUGCCUCUGCGGCCGAUCCCGACCCGUUGCAGGAUUUCUGCGUAUCCAUUAACGACACAAACGGCACAUAUGUGAAUGGAAAGCUGUGCAAAGACCCGUCGUCCGUCACGUCAGACGACUUCUACUAUGCGGCGGGCCUACACAAGCCUCAUCCAAUAACAAGCCCCUUCGGGUCGAAAAUCACCAUGGCAUUCGAGCGCCAGUUCCCGGCCCUCAACACGCAGGGCUUGGCCAUGUCGCGGAUCGACUUCGCCCCCCGCGGCCUCAACCCGCCCCACCAUCACCCACGCGCCUCGGAAAUGAUUGUGGUUCUGCAAGGCAUGCUGUACACGGGCUUCCUGUCGACCAACCCGCACGACCCGACCGCAAACGGGACGCUGUACGCCAAGAUCUUGCGCCCGGGGGACGUGUUCGUGUUCCCGAGGGGCUUGUUGCAUUUCCAGUACAACAUCGGGCAGGACAACGCCGUAGCCUUUGUGAGCUUCAACAGCCAGAAUCCGGGGGUGGUGACGCCGUCGAGGCUGCUGUUUGGGUCGGAGCCGCCGGUGUAUGCUCGAGUGCUGGCGGAUACUUUCCAGAUUGAUGAGAAGAUGGUUGAGUAUUUGCAAUCACUGCGAUGGGAGGGGAAUAACUAG